CUUCUGACUGCUCCUGUGGCUCCUCCCACAGGCCCCUGUAUAAAGGCGAUUGAAGUCUGAUCCUCUGCCUCAUUCUCCAGGAUGUAAUAUGAUGGUCACUCACUGCUGGUUCCUUCUUCAGUCAAUAAAAGCCGAUAUCUCACCUUACGUCUCAGAGUGAGUUGUUGAUGGUGCAUCAAUUUUAUUGACUGGAUGUUUUAAAACAUGGAAACCGUUUUACGUCCGGAAAGGUUGGAUUUGGACCCUCAAGACCCUGAAGCAGCUCUUGCCUUUGAACACUGGCUUGCAUGCUUCCACUCAUACUUGGCGGAGCUUCGUGCGACUGACCCUGCUGUUAUGUACAGAAUUCUCCUCUCGAGGGUCACCCCAAAAGUUUAUUCCAUUAUCUGGGACCUGCCGACCUAUGAUGGGGCACUGGACACCCUCAAAAGACAGUACCUGCGGCCGAUGAAGACCGUCUACGGAAGACAUCGUUUAGCUACCCGGCGACAGCGGCCUGGAGAAUCGAGCACCGGGUUUCUCCGAGCACUACAGACACUCGUCCGAGCUUGUGACUGCAAGACGCUCACGGCAGAACAGCAUGCGGAGCUGCUAAUGCGAGAUGCCUUUGUGACGGGACUGAGGUCAGUGUACAUGCGCCAGCGACUGCUGGAACACUCCAAUCUUACCUUGCGCUCGGCGAUCGAGACGGCCAACGCUCUGGAAGCUGCUCUGCACAAUGCUGACGCUGUCCAGUCGCGCAAUUCCCCGCCGGUUCCAUGGACACCUCAGACCCCGCCACCGCCGACUCCCGUGAACGAAAUCGCCACUGCCAGUCUCGAUUCCACGAGCUCCCCGAACCCAACCACGGUGGUGGCCCGUCAGAAGCCUGUGCUUUGUUAUUUCUGUGGCCACAAAAAACACCCUCGUAAACGCUGUCCAGCGCGAGAAACGACCUGCUCUAGCUGCGGAAAGCGGGGCCAUUUCGCCAAGGAAGUCUGUCACUCUACCAGUUUGGCUGAUGUCCCCGGGGCCAGUGCUGCUCCGGAAACAUGUGAGGAGCAAUAAAUACUCCCGGCUGGUCGAGAGGGUUCACCUUCUGCAUGCAAACCCCCAGUAUGCUUACGUGGUCUUACCUGAUGGGCGGGAGGACACAGUCUCCAUCUGCGACCUGGCGCCCGCAGGUGCAGCAGACCACUACCCUGAACACUCUCCGGUAACUAUGAACCCUGUACCCGAGGUGACACUGCGCUCACCAGGCCCUACAUGGACUCCUCAUGACAUUUCUAUACCAGGUGCCUCGCACAUGCAUGAGCUGGAACCAGCACAACCUCCGUCUCCUGUGCAAUCACCAAUGUUGCCGGCAUCGGUGCAAUCACAGCCGGUGCUACGUAGAUCGCAGUGACAGAUUCGACCACCUGAUAGACUUGACCUGUAAGAAACUUCGCCACAUGGGGACUCUUUCAAACAAAGGGGGGUGAAUGUGGUGAACUAUGUGCCUGUCUGGACACGCCCCCUUCUGACUGCUCCUGUGGCCCCUCCCACAGGCCCCUGUAUAAAGGCGAUCAAGGUCUGAUCCUCUGCCUCAUUCUCCAGGAUGUAAUAUGAUGGUCACUCACUGCUGGUUCCUUCUUCAGUCAAUAAAAGCCGAUAUCUCGCCUUACGUCUCAGAGUGAGUUAUUGAUGGUGCAUCACAAUGACCCUUCCCACCUCAGCCAUCCUCUCUCCCCCAACCCAAUCCCCAACUUGCUUGCUGUGAAAUCGAUACAAAAGGUUGAAAAUUUGGACCACCAGACUGGAGGACAGCUUCCACCUUGCUGUUAUCAGACUCUUGAAUGGACUUCUUGUAUGUUAAAGUUGAAUUCUUGUUCUUCCAAUCUCUCUCAUUAGAGCCCUCAUACCUUACCAGUGCACUGCACAGCACUUCGCUUGUAGCUGCAACACUUACACAUUCUGUUUUCUGUUUACUACCUCAAUGUACCUCAAUAUAUGGCAGGGCCUACAAAUAAAGUUUGCUAUUUCAGUACAUGUGGAAAUAACAAACAUA